AUGGUACCGUCACUCGUUGAUCUUGAGUCUCUGGACCACUUUUGUGCCACAACCUCCGGUGAAGCUUCAUUCCACUCUGAUCUUCAAUUUGCCGAAGUCCUGCCGCCACAGUCACCAACUCUUCAUCGCAGCCAGAGAGACACUAGGGUUCCUGUUAUUGGGCCUCCCCCAUUUCAGCCCAUUUCUCUCUUGGCCCAUUGUCAUAAGUGA